GCAAGGGGGGGCUUCAUCGAUAUCUGUCAAAAGUGAUUUUAGUCCGCCAUUGUGUUUGGUCAGGAUUUUCUUCGAAACAUUAGUGCGUAGAUUUCACAAAAAAUAGUAAUCUAAUUGCACCAGUGUAUUUAAUAACCAGUUUUAAUAUUGCAUUUAGUAUUUAAGACGUUUAGGUUAUAAAAUAUGGGUCUUGCGUGUUCAACAGCGCAGCUUGCCUGCUUGUGUGGAAGUACAGCCUGCAGUUUCUGCUGCUCACAAUGCCCAACAUGCAGGAACAGUACGAGUGCAAGGAUUAUGUAUGCUAUAAUGUUGAUGCUGGGCACAAUAGCUGCUUGCAUCACCCUUGCUCCAAGCCUCCAGGACGUUUUGAAGAAGGUUCCAUUUUGUACAAACAGUACGAAUUAUGUUCCGUCCUCAUUCACCAUUGAUUGUCAAUCAGCAGUUGGAUACUUAGCAGUAUAUCGAAUAUGUUUCAUUGUGUCUCUAUUUUUCUUUUUGAUGUCGCUGAUUAUGAUAGGGGUUAAAAGCUCCAAGGAUCAUCGAGCUCCAAUUCAAAAUGGAUUUUGGGCUAUCAAAUUUCUUCUAGUUAUUGGAGGAAUUAUCGGAGCAUUUUUCAUUCCGGAAGGAUCCUUCGGAGCAGUAUGGAUGUAUUUUGGAAUGAUAGGAGGAUUCUUCUUCAUUUUAAUCCAAUUGAUAUUAAUCAUUGACUUUGCCCAUUCAUGGGCUGAAGCUUGGGUUGGCAAUUAUGAAGAAACAGAAUCGAAAGCUUGGUAUGCAGCUCUUCUAGGAUCAACAUUUAUCACUUACGCUCUGGCCAUUACUGGAAUUGUCCUUUUGUUCAUCCACUUUACGCUGCCUCACGACUGCUCACUUAAUAAAUUCUUCAUAUCUUUCAAUUUGAUUUUAUGCGUCAUUGCUAGCGCAGUAUCAAUCUUACCACGUGUUCAGGAGUUCCAACCUCGAAGUGGACUUCUUCAGUCAUCAUUUGUGUCUUUGUACGUCGUUUAUCUUACCUGGAGUGGUGUCUCAAACAGCCCAGAUCACCAAUGCAAUCCUGGACUUCUUGGAAUAAUAACCAAUAAUGACGUUAAAGCUCAAAAUCAAGUAGCAUUCGACAAAGAGAGUGUUAUCGGUCUUAUCAUCUGGUUCACUUGUGUCUUAUACAGUUCAAUUCGUACUGCAUCAAAGUCUUCAAAGAUUACCAUGUCUGAUAAAGUGCUUAUACAAGAUAAUGGUGCUGUUCGCAACACAGGAGAUCCUUCUCUUAUUGGCAAUGAAGACUAUGUUCCAGUAGAUGGCCGCAAUCAUGAUUCUGAGUCCGGAGACUCUCCAAAAGUUUGGGAUAAUGAAGAAGAUCAAGUCGCAUAUAAUUGGAGUUUCUUCCAUCUGAUGUUUGCUUUGGCUACUUUAUAUGUUAUGAUGACUCUCACAAAUUGGUACAAGCCAAACUCAAGUCUUAAUACUCUCAAUUCAAAUCCUGCAUCUAUGUGGGUGAAGAUCAUAUCAUCAUGGAUGUGCUUAGGACUUUACACUUGGUCUCUUAUUGCUCCUGCUGUUCUUACAAAUCGUGAUUUUUCUUAAGUCAUUUAAAAUAAUGCAAUUUAAAUUUAUCGAUUAUUCAAGCAUAUAUUCGCUAGGUUAAAAUCUUUAUAAAGUAAAUAAUAUUACUCAUUUACUCUUAGGAUUAAUGUUCAUGAUAAUUCUUCCUCACUUUUUUUAUAAAUUUUAAUUGAUUAUGUUAAUGUAAGCUUGUAAAUAUCCCCUACUAUCUAUCCUACUGAAAUGAAAGUAUUUAAUUUACUUUUUAUUGUGAUAAUUACGAAUAAUGUAGUUAUUAUAAAUGUUCGUAGAAGUGAAGAUUUAAAUCUUGAAAAUACAACAAUUAUUUAUGAUAAUAUAAAUAUAUAUAAAAUCAUGC